AGUUUCAAAUCCCUCACACUUUACUCGAGCCAUGGCGUUUGGUAUGAGUACAGCGAUUUUCCUCUUUAUGCUGGCGCUUUGUGGCGUCUCCAUGGGGGCCGUGCACCAGGUCGGAGACUUUGGUGGAUGGAACAUUGUUGCUCCAGUUGGUUACCAAAAGUGGGCUGCAACCAGGAACUACCACGUUGGCGACGUUGUUGUUUUCAAGUACAACAAGCUGUUCCACAACGUGCUCCGUGUGACACACCAGAACUUCAAGUCAUGCAACGCAACAUUUCCGAUUGCAGUCUACUCCUCGGGUUCUGACACCAUGACCUCACAAGGCCCGGCCACUUCUUUUUCAUCUGCGGUCUUCCUGGCCACUGUCUAAGCGGGCAAAAGCUUCACAUUGAGGUCGCUCACGGCCAGGAAAACCUUCCACCUUUUGCUUCCGGUGUUAAUCACUUACCACAGUCAGGCUCAGUGUUUUAUCAGGCGUUGGCACCCAGUUCAGAGAACAUAGAACCGAUCCCUGGCCCAGCUCAGAGCGGUGCUCCAUCUCUCAAAUUGUUCAACGUCUGGGUGGCUCUGGCAGUCCUUGCAUUUGGAUUAGGUGUUACUGGCAUCGGUUACUAGCUGAUUGGGUUUCAUUUUUAAGUAAUUGUGCCAAUGUUACAGUCUUCUAUUUAUAAAUAAGCUUAA